AUGGGGGGCGGCCGCGUCGGCGGCUUGGGAUCGGAAGUGACGCUUGAGGCCGACGGCCUCCGCAUCACGGACUACGACGCGCUGGUGGCUCGUCGUGGCCACGCGCGCCGGGCGGAGCUGGUGCCGCUGGCCAGGGCUGUGGGGGCGCAUCUCUCGCGGAUCGCCGAGCUCGCCGCGCAGCUUCCCCCGGGGCGACCCGCCUCCCGCGGGCUCGCCGCCGCUGCCGCCGCCUGCUGGGCCCUCCGAGGCUGUCACGGGCCCGUUGACGCAGCCCGCGGCGGCGGGGAAUGCGAAGGCGUGGUGGAUCGACUAUGA